AUGGGAAUUCCGGAAGAACAGUUGGUCCGAGACCAAGCACCAAUCAAGGGAAUCGGAGGAGUACCGGUGCUCGUGGAAGGGAAGGUGAAGCUGGCUCUCACCUUAGGUGAAGCACCCAGAACUCGUACUCACCACGAGGGAGGAUCAUCCUCAGGGAUAGCAGGACGGGAACGUGAGGGGGAGCCUCAUCCAGAAUUUAACUGGAAGUUGUAUGUAGACGGAGCAUCAAGCACUGAGGGUAGUGGUGCCGGAAUAAUGCUUAAGGGGCCAGAAGAUUUUAAGGUGUGUUACGCCCUACGUCUAGAGUUCAAAGCCUCGAAUAAUGUGGCAGAAUAUGAAGCCCUGAUAAAUGGGAUGUUGGUGGCACUGGAAGUGGGAGUAACCGAUCUCGAGGUAAAUAGCGAUUCUCAGCUGGUGAUCAACCAAGUAACAGGAAUGUAUCAGGCUAGAGAUCCCCUUAUGCAAAGUUACCUGGCUAAAGUAAAAACUUUAGAAGCCAAGCUCACAAGUCGAGGAGUAACCAUCAGGUUUCAAAGAAUACCCCGGGAGGAAAAUAAGGAAGCAGAUCUGCUUAGCCGAUUAUCCAAAGAAGAACUGGAACAGCUUCCUGAUGAAGUGUACAUACAACAGGGCUAA